CAGCAGCGGAGAACAGCGGGCAUCCGGCAUUUACAAUUAAGCAGCUCUUCUGGGGUGCCUGGCCCUUAACUGGAGACAUGACAGAAAAGGACCGAUCAAUGAGAGACCCCCCCAGGUAACAAAUGACUUCCUGUGGUAAUUGCCGUAAUGAAGCAGGGAGGAGAGCUGUGGAAUUCAUAAUAGGUUAAGGAUCUGGAGUUAUGGAGUCUCUCUUUGGGAGUCAGUUGGGCUUGUUGGGGGGUAACGAGGGUCUGAAAGAAGAUGGCUGUGGGGUGGGCUGGCCCAGCUCUCCCUUAUCAGAGGAUAUGUACUCGGCCUCCCACUUCGCUCUCAUCAGCGCUUACCAGGACAUUAAGACGCGACUGACUGGACUUGAGAGAGAGAAUACAGACAUCAAAAGAAAACUCAAGAUCUAUGAGAUAAAGUUCCCCAUGAUAAGUGAGUUUGGAGAUGACAGAAAUUCUUAUUGCUCCUUUGAAACCAAGGACACUGCCCUGCUCCACUCAGAAAAUGGCAGCCUGCAACAGAGAGUCAACAUGCUGUCCCUUGAGCUUCAGAAGGGCAAAGAACGUGAAGAACAGCUGGAAGAUGUCAUUCAGGCCUAUGAGAAGAUUCACAUGGAGAAGACCAGCCUUCAACGAGACCUUGACAAGAUGACGUCAAUGGUGGAAAAACAUGUUGAGCGGAUCCACAGUUUAGAAUCGGCUCUGAGGCAGAGGGAGAGUUCUCUACACAAGCUCAACACACAGCUACACAACAAAGACAUGCAGUAUCUGCAGCUACACAGCCCUGACUCGCAUAUGCUCGACUGCCCCAUGACCCUACAGAGCUCCCGAAGUCUGGACACCCUCUCUGACCUCAAAUUACAGCGUUUGGAGGCGGAGUUAGAGGGGGCGCGGCACGAGGCUCAGGGUGCGUGUCAGAGAGAGGAGGAGCUAAAGGCUGAAUGCGAGCGAUUACGAGAAGAGCUCGGCGAAAUGCAAAGCAAUCAGAUACAACGGGAGGUGAGCUCCACGUGUGGACAGUGUGAUGUGGAAUGGAUUAAGAAAGUUGGCGAUGAGCAGGUAAAUUUGGCUUUGGCCUACACUGAACUAACAGAGGAGCUUGGCAAGUUACAGGCUCUGACUUCCAAACAGACCGAGAUAUUGCGGAAGGCCUCACAGGAGCCAGCGAGCCCAGUUCAGCGCCACUCUCCUGUCCCUCACCAGAGGCAUUCCCCCGUUCCCCAGCGCCAUUCCCCUAUUCAACAACGGCAUUCCCCAAUACAACAGCGCCACUCCCCUGUGCCCCAGCGCCGCUCCCCUGUGCUACAGCGUCUCUCCCCUGACAUGCACCGGCGUUCACCUCUGCCUGAUCUCAGCGACGGCCCUGCCUCCUAUUCCUGCAGGCCCACUUCUCACCACCUAAGGGCCAGUUUCCAGGGACGGCGCAGUUACUCCGAAGUGGCCGAUCCGUCGGCUUAUCAGCGUCCACCGCGAUUCACUCUGGAUCCUGUGUCGACUCUGCCGAAACCUCGGCCGUAUGUGGACAGCUACCACAAGCAGCAACAACAACAGCAGAAGCAGCAACAUGGGGGAGGCCAGCACAUGUUAGUCCAAAGACAGAGCUCUCAAGUGGUGGGAGGAGACGGGGGCUUGGCCGAAUCUCCACGGCUGUCCAGGGAGCUGUCUUUCCACCAUUCUGACCACCUGCACUUUGAGCCUCAGCCCAGCCCGGCAUCACUUCACCCGUCUCCGCAGCCUCCCCAGUCCUCAGAGGAUGAGGAGGAGUGGCCCUGCCCUCAUCCCAUCAGUCCUUCGCGAACACUGAGUGUGUCUAGUCCCUCGUCGAGUGCCAGAGGCCCCGCCUCUUGCUCCGCCUUCCCCAUUCCGUCCCGCCCCAACACCCUUAGCUGCCACCCACCUGGAUACCUGCACGCAGAGCAUGCUCAGUCUUGGCCAUCUAUCAACCUGUGGAUGGAGACUGAGGAGGAGGGUGACGUCAGGAGCUGCCCAUUGUGCCAGCUUAUCUUCCCUGUCGGUUACCCUGAUGAUGCCUUGAUCAAGCACAUUGACUCGCACCUGGAGAACAGCAAGAUCUAACACCCACAUCCACACCAUGACCUUCAAUUGUUCCACAGAAACAUUUAUUCAAAGCUCCCACUAUUUUAAGAUGGGUGCCUUCACAAAGAAUGUAUGUGUUGCUGUGGCUGGCCUGAAGAGUCAACAAAUGUGUAAUGAUCAAUGUAACCUUCACUUAAUUCGAAAAGAAUCCCAAAGAGUGGUUAUGGAAGGUUUAUAAGCAUCUACGGAAUAUCUCUAUCAGGUUUCUUUCAAACACAAACUGUUACUUAUCAUUAUAUUAUUCACUUUAAAUUACACGUCAAACUGACUCUUUAAAGGAGCCAAUGCAUAGUGCAAUAUAAGUCAUUUGUGCUUCAGUCACAUAAUCCUUUGGAUUCAGACUUUGGCCAUGCUGUCAGUGGACAUGUUAGGAGAAUUGAACUGACAUUAUGGUUUUAUGCAGGACAAGGCAUUAGAUACACGGCCCAUUUCUAGGUCAAUAUCAUUUAAAGUUCAGCACUUUAUAUAAGCGAUUAAUAUCCAGUUUAUCUUUACCAAUAUUAUUAACACUGAGGCAAAAAAGAAAGAACUUGUAGAUGUAAUUUAUUUUUUUAAUACUUUCCCUUAAAUCUCUUUGUUUGAUAGGACUUCCCUUUAACAAAACUAGAUUCUUUGUAAUUUUGUGUAAAUUCACAAUUACAGUUAUUUUCUUUGUCUUCCGGGGUGUAGAAAAGGGAAGAUUUUUCGUAAAAAUAUUCUUUAAGUAUACAUAUUGAAUUCAGCUCUGUGCAGAAGGUUUGAACCAAUCACUGACAAAAACGCCAGUAACUGUGUCGUUUCUCAAGGCAGUAAUACUGUGAUUUCUAUAGUAAACUUUUAUUUACUAUAGUACAGUUUAUUUGCAGAGUAUAAUUUGAUCUCAGUAUGACACUCACAUCGUUUCCAGCUGUCAGGUUUGGUUCUGUUGAUGGUUUUGAUCAAUUUGAAAAGUUGAAAAAGUUUCGAUAGAAUAGUCUAUUUUGUUCUUUUGAUCAUGUUACAAAGCUCAAUCAAUUUGAUCUGUUCUAAACUUUUGUAAAUGUAUGUACUGCAAAUGUAUAACUGUAUUUAAAGCCAACUACAUGUAUUAAUCUGUAAAAUAAGCUACAUGAUAUAUAGAUAUGCAUUUUGAAAGCUCAGAUGAGAGCGGAUGGAAUGCUCAAGUUCAAGCUACUUUUUUUACUACUAUAAUCCGAACAAACACACCACCCAACAAAAUAACGGUGGAGUGGUUACCUAUCCUAUUGUCUUUCAGGUGUACCCUAUACUAUGUGUAAUAAGUCUUGUUGCUACAUUCCCAGAUUUGACUUUGUGACAGUGAGGGCACUGGAUAUGCUACUAACCCAAAUUCCGAGGAGUUAAAAUGGGAAAGUGGCACAAAAAAAGUCAUCAGUGUUGCGAAAUUAAUGAGCCAAAUAUAGCAAGAGCAAAAUAGGAGACUAUGCUGUCUGUCAAAUAACUGAGUCGAGGUUUUAUCAAAAUUAAUCUUAUGGGAAUGAUGAAAUAUAUACUGCCUAGUUGUUGUAAAUAAGAAUCAUCUACAGUACGUUGUCACCAUUAAAUAUACCAUAGAAGACAACAGCGUAUGUGGGUACAAUGAAAUCAACCAGAAUCCAUCCCUGCUGAAAAAAAAUUAAAGCCUGCCCAAAUCACAAUAGAGAACUUAAUGGAUUUAAAGGGACAGUUCACCUCAAAAUUCUGUCAUCAUUUACUCACCCUCAGUUUUCAAAUCUGUAUACAUUUUUGUUCGGAUGAACACAGAAAGACAUUUGGAAGGAUGGUCGUAACCAAACCAUUUACUACCAUAGUAGGACAAAAUACAGUUGUUGUCAAAUGUGGCAGAGAAGUGUUUGCUUUCCUACAUUCUUCAAAAUAUCUUCUUUUGUGUUUAACAGAACAAAGACAUUUAUACAGCAUUUUUUCAUUGGCCUGCAUAGGAAUCAGAAAAUCUUUAUUACUAAGUAUGUUUGCACAUACGAGGAAUUUAUUUGGUGACAUGAGCUAGUACAUAGAAACAGCAACAACAGUACACAGAGACCAUAAGACAAGGUACAAGGUAUGUGCUAUAUACAGCAGAAUGAAAUAUAAUUCAGAGGAAAGUUCAAUUAGAUUACAAUAAAUUAACUAGAGGAAAUAAUUAAUAUUGCACUUAAUUAUUAUUGCACGGUGGGUAAAAAACAUUUGACUAUUCAAGAGGUAGAUGAGGGAAGAAGCUGUUUUUGUGUCUGGUUGUUUUGGUGCUCAGUGCUCUGUAGCACCGACCAGACACCAGCAUUGCGAGGAGAUCAAUGGUGACCCAGAAAUGUUUUGCAUGAGCAUUCUUCGGAAUAUCUUUCUCUGUGUUGAUCAGAACAAAGAAAUGUAAACAGAUUUGGAACAACUUGAGUGUGUGUCAUUUUGUGUGUUAUUUUAUUUUUUGGGUAAACUGUUCCUUAAAAGGUUAUAGUGGGAACUAUAAUGGUGUUUCCUGGUAUGUGAUGGAUUCUAUUAAUGGGGUGGUUAUCUGGCAGAUGAAUCCUAUUGGAAUAAUGCCCAAAAACACAGGACAAAAACAAUUUCGUAAUGGUUUUAAUGGAAAAAGCUAUUGUUCAUAAUGGUAUUUUAAUAGAAACCAUUAGCUUUUCUGUGAUGGUUUGUAUUGGCUUUCUAUUGUAUUUCAGCAGGGAUCUAAUCAACCAAAGACAAAGCCUGUUUGUUUUUCUUUAACUUUAUAAAAUGAUGACCUUGUAUCACUUAUUAAGCGUAUUACUUUGACGGUGCAUUUGGAACAUGUGGAAACAUGUUUUCAAAAGAAAAACCUUGGAACGUUGCAGCUACAAUAUAAAGGCAAAUCAUUUCUGCACCUUUCCAUAUCAAACCUGUCUAGCACCUUUGUCCACACACUUGCAGAAUAGCAGUAGAGAAAAAAGCAUAAGCCACUAUUCACAAAGAGUUUGCUCAGGAGUUAUUUAAAGAGCUAUUGCUGUUUCUCACUCAUGAAGACUGCGUUUUGUCAUACAAAGGCAAAUUGGAAACCACAUGCUUUUCUGGAUGCUCAGACUAUGGUGUCUCUUUAGCCCUGUUAUUUGGUGUGUGACUUUUUGUGAUAUUCUUAAAUAACUCAGAGGAUCAAACUUUGUGAAUAUGGCUCCUUGACCAUACACGACUAACCUCCACAGGGACAACGUGAUAACUCUCCAAAUCUCUGAAAGAGCAGCGAGGACAAUAACAGGUGGUUGAGAUAUUUUCUGAUAGCAACAAGGUACUAAAAAAAUUGAUAAAAGAACAUUCAAAUCAAAUGCGUAUUGUGUCAAAGAUUUUCUUCUGUAAAUACUAUGUGAAAUAAACUGAAACAUGCACUGA